AUGCUUGCAGCGCCCUGGAUAUGUCGGAACUGCCUUUCACGAAUAGGCAGGCCACUUCUUAGGCGCAAUGUUCGUCUGCAAAGCUCGGCUGCAUCACCUGAAUCCAUACCACCAGCCCUCCUUGCUCGAGCCCAGGCAAUUACUUCCGAGCACAAAGUGCUCACAGAAAAGCUGUCCAAUGGCUUCGAUACGCGUGCGGCGAAGAAGUUGGGCGAGUACAGUCCCAUUGUGAAUGCGCUGGGAGAAUGGAACAAGGCCAAUGAGUCUGUAGCAGAGCUUACCUCGAUGAUACAAGAUUCAUCCACCGAUCCAGAAUUACGAUCACUUGCUUCAGAUGACCUUGCGGAAACACGAACCCAACUCGCCAAUGCUUCACAAAACCUCAUUACUUCACUAGUACCUGUACAUCCUUUUGCGCAUCUACCAUGUUUGUUGGAAAUAAGACCUGGUGCAGGCGGAUCAGAAGCUGCCAUUUUCGCCGGCGACCUAUUUCGCAUGUACCAGGCCUAUUGUAAUCGCAACGGCUUCAGGACCAACAUCCUAAAAUACGAAAACGUAAACGGCACGACAGAAGCCGGGAUACCACUUUCAGAAGCUAUCAUCGAAGUAGAAGAUGAAAACGCAUACGGUGUUUUCAGAUGCGAAGCUGGUGUCCACCGUGUGCAACGCGUGCCCGCUACCGAAACCAAAGGCCGGACACACACGAGCGCCGCAUCCGUCCACGUGCUCCCCAGUCUACAAGAAAACUCGGCCGAAGAACAAGAUUUCGACGACCCAGAAAGCGACUACUACAUCGACCCAAAGGAAGUCAAAGUCGAAGUCAUGCGCGCCAGUGGUGCAGGAGGCCAACACGUCAACAAGACCGAAUCUGCAGUCCGUCUAACCCACACACCCACAAACACCGUAGUCGCAAUGCAAGACUCGCGGUCGCAGCAUAAGAACAAAGAAAAAGCCUGGACUCUGCUGCGCUCCCGCAUCGCCCAAUCCCGCCGCGAAAAACGCGAAGAGGAAAUGGCGAAUAUGCGUCGUAGCGUCAUCGGCGUGGCGAAAAUGGGCCGCGGUGAUAAGGUACGCACGUAUAAUUGGGGACAACAGCGUGUCACGGAUCAUAGGAGCGGGACGACGGUGCAUGAUUUGGAUGAUGUGAUGCAGGGGGGUCAGACGCUGAGUGCAGUUAUGGAGAGUGUAAGGGCGUGGCUUAUGGAGAGGGAUGUUGAGGCUUUGAUUGCAGAUGAGGCGGCGGAGAAGUGA